AUGUUUGUGGAUGGCUAUGACGAAGCCACCAAGACAGUCUAUGAAUUUCAUGGAUGCUUUUAUCACGGAUGUCUCAAAUGUUUCCCAAACCAUCGACAACGGGAACACAAUUGUCAUCCAUAUCGUACAAUCUCAGAAGUCUAUGAAGCCACCUGUCAAAAGACAAAGCAACUACGUCAGGCAGGUUUUACUGUCAUUGAGAAAUGGGAGCACGAUUUUGAGGUUGAAAAGAAAACAAAUCCCACUCUCAUUAACUUUUUAACGACCUUUGGCCUGUCUGAUCCAUUCAACCCCAGAGAUAGCUUCUUUGGAGGUAGAACCAAUGGGGUCCGUUCGCAUUGUGUCGCAGAAGAAGGAGAAGAAAUUCACUAUGUAGACAUCAAUUCGCUUUACCCAUACGUAAACAAAACAAAAACGUAUCCAAUGGGCCAUCCAGACAUUUUGGUGAAUCCUGUAGAUCAAGAUAUUGGUAGCUACUUUGGGAUAGCUAAAGUCAAUAUUCAUCCACCACCCCAACUAUAUCAUCCGGUACUCCCAAAACAGAUUAACAGCAAACUGAUGUUUCCACUGUGUACCAAAUGCGCGGAAACCCAACAAGAUCUUCCUUGGUUGGACCGUUCAGAGGUUUGUUCACACACCAACGACGAACGAGCCAUGAUUGGAACUUGGUGUACACCAAAGUUGCACAAAGCAGUAGAACUUGGCAAAAGAAUUGUCAAAAUCUAUGAAGUGUGGAAUUUUCCUGAGGAUCAGCGUAAAGAGGGUUUGUUUGCAGACUAUGUGAAUAGAUGGUUGAAAAACAAGACAGAGGCAUCUGAAUGGCCAAAGAAUUGUGUCACAGAGGAAGCAAAGACAGAGUACAUCGAUGCCUAUUAUGCCCACGAAGAGGUUCAGCUGGAGCCUGAAAAAGUGGCCAAAAAUGGGGGACGGAAACAGGUCGCAAAGCUUAUGCUUAACAGGUGAGUCUAGGAAAUACUUCACUUUGCAAGGCCGCUGAUGGAAACCAACGAAAACUCAUAGUUUGUUUACCUUUGUGUACUUGCAGCUUCUGGGGCAAAUUCGGAGAGAAACCCAGCAAGACCCAGACAUUUACAGUCACAAGCCCUGGUGAGCUAUAUACAAUCAUAGAGGAUGCCGGGAACAACAUUCACGAUAUACGAAUUUGUACAGACGGUAUCGUAGAGGUGGAUGUCAGUAAAGUCGUGGAAGAGGUCAUCCCAGGCAGUAAAACGAACAUUUUUAUUGCAAGU